AUGGAGGAGCACGGAGCUUCCCGAGCUCCCCAAAGCUUAGAGAAUUUGGUGAUUUCUCCUCCUACAACCAUCAACGAGACUUCCUCAUCUACCCAGACACUUGCAGUGCCCGUCAGUCAAACCCCCUCAGCGGUCACCACCACUGGUCUGGCUACUGGAAGCAAUAUCACCUAUCCUCCUGAAGACUACGUCCAAAGAGUGCUUGAUCAAGAAGACACACUUCGCGAACUUGUUGAAGAACAUCGCCCCGGGCGUUCCUUGGACGCUUUCCUCGGGUUUUAUUAUGAAGCUAUGGCGUCUGCACGAUCCAAUACACGUGAAGGCCUCCGCACUGCGCCCACCCCUCAUGAACGUUUCGUACCUGAUACCGCUCCAGUACGUCAGACGCGUUCAGCGACGCAGCAAGAGCCUACAUCUUCGAACACUACGUCUUCUCAGUCUGUAGAAGGGCCCAAUGCUAUCGGUGGAGAGUCUGGUGAAAUUGAGAAUUUCGAGGGGCAGGAUUCUACCCAGGCGCCCAUGUCAACCAGAGAUGUUCCCACACCUGGCAACAGAACCCUUCACUUUAGACCAGUGCCAAAGCCGGGAAAGCAGAGCAAUCCACCCGAUUUUUACGACCAGUAUUUCCCAUUGGAGAACAUGGAAUAUCGUCCAGGUUUCGACGUUUGGAGACACGUUCUCUUUGGGAUACGCUCUGGUAUGCCUGAUGAAGUGGAUUUUGGGCUAUUCCAUCUCGUACAAGGGUCCUACCAGAAGGGGGACUCAUUGAGAUUUGAAGGGUUCCCCUACUUGCUGGAGCAUUUGAUGGAGAAGUGUAUGGAGAUCACUUGGCUUUGUACUGGUGUGAUGUGGGACUUCGAACGAGACCCCGAUGAGUUUGAAAAUAGGAAGGACUGCCCGUACGUUCUAAACACGCUUCGAGGAACACAGGAUAUUCUCCAACGCAUUCGUAUGCUUCCAGUCACUUUGUCAGACGAUUCACUUGAGGACCAGGAUUUCAGCCAUCGCCUCCGCAACAUCAAAGAGGCCAUGUUGAUCCUGCGCAAUAUGGUUAUUACCCCUGAGAAUGCCUUCUACAUGGUAGAUAAGGCACCAGGGCUUGUUAGAGACUUUCUAUGCGUGAUGCUCAACGUUCCCAAUCAGCCUCGCUUCAACGAACUGAAAGUUCACGCUCUCGACAUCGCUGAAGAGGUAACCAUGUACAUGUACACCGCUUCGUACGAUCCAGUAUGCAUUUCUCUCUAUCGGUAUGUCAUCUCGCACGACCGUGCUCAUAUCAUGAGAGCUGUUUGGGCAAUCAAUCAUUUCUCGCACAGGCUUCCUAAAAUUGAAAAUGGAGCUUUUGUUGAAAAGGCUAUAUCCGAUAAUGGAGCUAUGGUGGGCGUGGGUCGAAAAUAUCUUCAGAAUCUCCUUGGACUCACACUGUGCGAUCCAGACCCGGAGAUGCUCACCGUUACGCUGGACUUUUUUUAUCAGUUCACGCUUACUCCCACCAAUUGCGAGUAUUUGUGUAAAUUGGUGUACAUGCCAGUCAUGUUCAUUCCAAGAAUGAUCAAUCUACUCUCAUAUGGAGGAAUUGAAGAGGUCAAAGAGACUGAGGUCCAGGCUGAGCUGAUCGAUCCGCCUCCUGGUCCCAUUCCGAAAGUGCCACCAGAGCUUUCCAGCAGGUUGAAUGCUCUCACUGAACCGGAACGUAGCGCCCAAUGGCUUCGCUGUUGCUUCGUUGAAGAUGCUGGCUGCGAGAUCACCCAGAUUGCGUUGUGGCAAGCUUACCAGAUUCGUUUUGGGGCGCGUAGCGGUGCAUUGGCUGCUGCUGAUUUCAUCAAGAACGUGAGCGCAACAUUUACCAACGCUCAAGCUCAGGUUGUCCCAACCGUAGGACCUGACGGACUAGCUACUACGAAAUUUAUCAUCAAGGGUAUUCGUCCUUUGGAAACCGCUUUGACUUUUGAAGGCUGGCCUUACCUCUAUUGCAAAUGGGCUGUUGGCGAAGAGCCCGGUCAUUUCUGUGAUCGCGCGUUCGCUGAACCGCGAGACCUACGUCGACACGUUUUCGUGGAUCACAUGGAUCUCGAAGCGUUAGAGCAACCGAAUCAAUACAGCUACGAGAAAGCUAAGCAAUUGCCAAAAGCUUGUCGUUGGGACGGUUGCACCAAGUACAAGACUCCGACGACUGAAGUCGAGAUGGUUGUCGAACAUGUCGGUGGCCAUCUUCCUCAGGAGCGUGACCCCGAUGCGAAACCGUCCGUUCCCAAGCGUCGCGUUCUCCAGCAGCGCAUGAUUCGCGUUGAGAAAUUCUGCGACACGCCAGUGAACGAGUCAGGCGAGCCAACUGGCCCGGCCUACAAGGCGGCACUGAUCCUGCGUAACUUGCUUUGGCACUUACCAGAAGAUAUCGGCCUGAAAAAGCCCGGUGGUGGCUGGUAUUCAAAGCGACUAUUCUUCCAAGCCCACUACCCCAAGAUUGCUAGCAAGAUGAUGGAGAAUCGCACUUUGCGCAAUGAGUUGUCUGAUGUUGUCAUGCUGAUGAACCAAUACCAGCCGAAGAAGCGUGUCAAGUAA